AUGGACCGCAAUAGUGGCCGAGUGCUGCUGGACUAUCGGGCGUCCGAGCCUGUGCUGGCUGAGAGCGAUCACUCGAGUCUGUCGGAUGCGCCGCUCUCCAGGUCGCAGAUCCAGCGACCGUCCAAGCUCGCUGCGGCCUCUUGGAACCCCGGGAGCCUCAAGCUUCCUGGUCGUUCCAAGCACAAACAUGUCGCCAAACAGCCACGAAUGGACGAAGUGAUCCCGCGCGUGGAGCUCACGGACGCACAGCAGGCGGACAUGCGCGAACAGGCUGAAGGACUCAUCGCGAGCUGUUUGCUCAAGUCCAAGGCGGCAUGGGACGGCACCAAACAGAUUUUCGAUGAUCCCAAGCAGUGGAAACUUCACAGUGCGAAGCCACAUUUGGCUAUCUACAAGCGUAAGGACCCGCAUCGUCGUAGUGCGACGGCGCAUCAGUUUGUGGCUUCUGGACGGAUCCCUGCACUCACGCUACAGGACGUCGAGUACGGCAAGUACAGCGACACGACGCUGGACGAACGAUCCAUCAGUGCGUAUCUGUUCCGUGACUAUUUCUUGGACGCUGCAGUGCUCCAAGUACUGGAGACGCAGACGGAGGACGAUCCGUUCCGCUUCUUUGGCAUCAAAUGGAUGGCGUUCGCGAGUCCCAGUAAGCCAGCCAAGUUCUUUUCUCCAAGAGACCACGCGUACUACGAAUACGCCAAGACGGUGACUACCGACGAAGGUCACAAGGUGCUCGUUAAGGUCAUGCAGUCUGUGGGAGACGACGUGUUACCUCCGUUGACUCAACUUGUAGGUCACGACAAACCAGGUGACGGCGUGGACCCGUCCAAGUUACGUUUCGUUCGUGGCCACAUCUCGAUGAUCUCCAUGUACAGGUUCGACGAGGCGACGAACGCCGUCAAGGUGUUUGCUGAAGGUGCGUUGGAUCCAGGCGGUCGAGCCGGCAGCUGGCUGGGAAGCGCCUUCCUCUCUCAGUUCGCGCCGACAGUUGUGCGGAUCGAGUACUGCGCUGACAUCAAGUACAUUAUGAAGCACGGCAUGGUCUUCCCACACCCGCCAGCAGCGCUGACUCAUUCGCAUUCGGGUCAAAGUGUCGACAAGAGUCAAAGCACCAUGAGUGGCUCUGAAGUUACAGCCCACGGCCCCGCUGGGAUGCCCUUUUCCCCAAGUUGGGUACCUGACCAUCAACGAAAGGUCUGCUUUGUGUGUUUCAAGAGCUUCGGCAUCGUCCGACGUCAUCGUCAUCACUGCCGUAUGUGCGGUGAAGUCAUGUGCUCGCGUUGCAUGAUCACGUUGCCUCUGGUUGCGCCGCCAUCUUCAGCGCCGUGUCCAGAUAAUAACGAAGACAUGGAAGGCACUGACAGUCGCCGUUCGCAUCGACAUGGCCAGCAACUGGACGGUCGACCCAUGAGUGUGUUGCUUAAGCAACCAGCCAAGAAGAGUCUGGAGGAGACGCGCUCGAACGGAUACCCGGCUGUUAACAACGUCAAGCUCUGCAAGAAGUGCAUGUUCAACAUUCGUCAGGAGCGGAAGGGAACCAUGAGAGGAGCCACCAACUUUUACGCUGCGCCGACCAUGAUCAAGCAGUUCCCGUUGGUUCUACAAGGCUCUCUAGCCGACAACAUUGGCUUGCAACCGGGACCGAUGCGUGGCUUCUUCCCUGGUGGACGCUAUGCAGCUGACGAUGAGUUGAUUAACAACGCUCACGGAGACGACGAAGAAGACGACAUCGAAGAGACGGACGAGGAGUACUCCGCUCGUGUUGAACGUAUGCGGCAGAUGCACAUGGCCCGAGAGAAGAAGAAAAACUUGCGUCGCAGUAUUCUUCUCUACGACGAAGACGACCUGAACAACGGAGCCGAGUCUCCUCCAGCUAGACCCAGUCAUCUCUUUAAUGGAGGCGACAGUACGUUCAACUUCGACGAUUUCUUACUGCCAACACCGAAGCGCGAAGAUGAAGACAACAAUCGUCUAAGUCGUGGACGAGUGGUGAGUUCUACCAACCAGAGCGAUGCCAUCCCGCCGUCGAUUCCUCGUCGACCAUCCACCACUGCACGUCAGUCUGAGAGCAGCUCGAAGCUGCGGUCACUGUCCAUUCCCGACCAACUGGAACAAGUGGAGCGAUCGAUCGCCCAGCAGGAGGCGCUAAUCCGAUCCAUCACCGAGCAACGCAGUAAGAUGAAUCGCUCUCCGGAAGACGACACAGCCGGCAAGACAGCAGCCACAACAGCCGGCGAGAUCUCGUCGGAAGCACGAUCUUCUUUGCUGUACCCCGGCUCGACCCAAACUGCGCCGACACCUAGAGCCGACGCACAGUUCACCCCGCUCUCCAUGCGCUCAUCUUAG